AUGUUUGAGGAGCUAACCCCCAAAGAGAAGUUGGUCCGCCAUGGACCCUUCAAAGCGUUCGUUCUUCGUGUCAUAUCGUUCUUCGGAGCCACCUGGUUCGUGGGAACCAUGAGCAUUGGAGCUCUCUUCUACCAUUUAUAUCAGUUGAUAACAGGACAGGAAAAGGGUGCUUCUGGCAGCCCUGCUGCCAACGGGUACCUGCCUCGGAAGGCGUUCCCCAACCUCGAGAAAAUGAAGCCCACGUUGGAUUUGAGAUACUACGUGCUAGAAUUGGGACUUGACCUCGAGGAAUAUGCCAUCACCACGGAAGACGGGUUCGUGUUGCCCUUGCACCGUGUGAUAGACCCCAAGGAAACUGCGGAACAGCGAAACGCCAGAAAGCCCGUUCUCCUCCAGCACGGGUUGCUCAGCUGCUCGGGUGGAUACAUCACUUCCGGAACUAACUCUAUGGCCUACUACUUGACAGAAAUGGGCUACGACGUGUGGUUGGGCAAUAACCGGUCUCAUUUUGAGCCCAAGCACUCGUACUUUGAAGGAAACCUCUUCCACAACGAGCUUUACUGGGAAUGGGAUAUCCGCAAUUUGGCCUACUACGACCUUCCAUGCAUAAUUGAUAACGUGUUGGCUCACAAACCGAGCCACGAGCAAUUGGUGUUGGUGGGACAUUCCCAGGGAUGUACACAAACGUUUUUGAUGCUCAAGAACGGCAAUUUGAAACGCUACCACGAUAAGAUUGAGCAUUUCUUCCCCUUGGCCCCUGCUGUGUUUCCCGGAGUGUUGUUUUUGGAGAGAUGGUUUCUCAGGUUUCUCCACAAUAGAGGUCGUCUUGCCUUCAAGGCCAUCUUUGGUUUGUGUGCGUUUUUGAAGGUAUUGGGAACUGCCAGAAAUAACAUGGGAACGACCUCCAUCUUCCACUUCAACGCCUACAUUUUGUACAAGUUCUUGUUUGGAUGGAGUGCCAAGAAAUGGUCCCAGAGCGAUAAGGUCCGCCACUACAAUGCUCUCUUCAACUGUACGUUUGUGUCUGCCAAACUCAUGAACUGGUGGUUGAGUUAUUACGUGGAAGAAGGGUUUUCCAACCAGGUGUUGCCCCAUUCAGACUACAAGUCGGGCAAGAACUACGCGGUAUUGCCACCAAACACCCCAAUCAUCACUGCCAGAGGCACCGACGAUUCCAAAUCGUUCUUCCCCUUCACCAAAUCUUGGUUUUCCGACGCUGAUGUCAAUGUGCCCAUCCACAUUUUUGCUGGCGAUGGCGACCACUUGGUGGAUGGGAAGAGGUUGAUUACCCACAUGAGAAACUACGAGCCCAACUACCAAGAAGGCAAAAACUUGCAGGUCACCGAACUUGACGAUUACGACCACUGUGACUUCAUCUGGGCAGAAGACUUGAACGGACGGAUCAGUGUGGUGAUCCACCAAGAGCUCGAGAAAUUGCAAGCACAAUUGACUGGAACUGGCCAACCUGUAACCGUCCUGGAGAAAGUGCAUGAGGACGAAAAGGUGUUGGAGCUGCCUUUCGAGCAACCUGCUGUUGCGGUUGCUGUCAACUAG